AUGGCAUUUUCGGAUUGCCAAUUGAUUGUUGCUUCUACUUCACUUGUUGGUGGCUUUUCUCCACCCUCUACACCCAUUCAGAAUAAUGGUAUGGAUCUCUCCCUUCCAUGUGGAGAAAAUGCUUUGCUCUUAAAAGUAGAUGCCACCAACGGAACUACCAUGUGCACCCAAAUCCCAAAACAGCACUCUAGGCAAGAACUUAUCAAAUUCCUUCCAGAUACAUGGAUCACGAAUUAUGAAAAGCUGAGAGAACUUGUUGAACCUCUCCAAUCCUCUAAACCCACUUUUUCCAAAACACUUGAUAAAACAGUUGCCAUAAGCUUUGACCUCUCUCACCUUAAAACACCCAACAAAACAAUCUUUUCUUUCAAGAUGUACCAACCCACUUAUGACCAAGCACACCAACAUGACCCUGAAACAUUCUCUUACCAUCUCCCAAGUAUCAUGAGUGAACAUGACUGGAUAAAGCAGUUCGAUAAUGAAGGUCAUGAUGUAUGGUGGUUCAAAGGUCCUUUCACGGGAAACUGUCCAUGGGAUAUCCAAUGUGACAGUCAAGAAUGUCUUGACGAUGAAAUUGAAUGGGAUGAACAUCAUACAAGAAGAGCCAAAUCAAAGAAAAAGGGCGAAACUCUGAAAAAGAGUUCCGAACAAGGUAUGAAGAAGGAGAUUCAUCUAUCGGUUCACUGA